UAGCGCAUGCGCUCCCCGUGACGGGCAGAGGGCGAGCUAGUUUCGAGGUGAUGGCGUUUUGUUCGUUUUUCAGGUCUGAAGUUUAUAAAGAUCACUUUGAACUCGGGAUAUACAUCUGUUCAAAGUGUGGGUAUGAAUUGUUUUCAAGUAAAGCUAAAUAUAACCAUUCCUCACCAUGGCCUGCUUUUACUGAAACGAUUCAUCCAGACAGUCUGUCCAGACGAAAAGAGGGAGAGAAUGCCCUUAAGGUUUCUUGUGGAAAGUGUGGGAAUGGACUUGGCCAUGAGUUUCUCAAUGAUGGGCCUAAGCCGGGACAGUCACGUUUCUGAAUAUUCAGCAGCUCGUUGAAAUUUGUCCCCAAAGUCAAUGGACCUCUUGAGGAAAAAUAAGGCGAGCAUGGAACCAAUCUUUUAUUGAUCAACUGAGAUCUGUUUGUUUCUUUAAGUAUCAAAGUAAACACAGAAUUUCUGUUUCAUCUGGAAGUAGCAAAAAAAUGUCCUUGACAUAGUAUUUUUGAUGGUUAAUCAUUACAUGAAAUUUUCUGGAUAAACCCUUCCUUGAAUCUCCAGAAAAUAGAUGCUUAGAUGAUUACACUGACAAAAAUACUUCUAUUAAGUAAGGUGGACUUCAUUUUAAACAUCAACUAAUCUUGUAAAAAUGUCAAGCAAAGCACAAUAUGGAAAUAGGGAAAGAGUUGUUGCAAUAGCAGAUGUUUUGUUCUUUGAGAUUUUGCAGCAGAAAGCAGGCUUAACUAGUUCAAAUAACUUGUCACAAAGAUAACUAAAGUACAUAAGACAAAAUUUAAAGUAAAUAUUACUUGUGGGAAAAUAACAUAUUUUGUAAUAUGUUGCCAAACAACUAUAGCUUUAGCUAAACAUUUAUAUACUAUUAAAGUGGCUGUUUUUAAUUCUGGUAGAAAUUUCACAGAAACUGGAUUAAUUUGGGAAAUUCAUUGGUUAGAAGGUAUUAUGGUCCAUAAAUUAUGGUUUUGUGACCACUUGGUGUUAAUCCUGGAAAUUGUGGAGGGAAAUCUCUGACCACUGGCUUUCUUUAUCUUACAGAUUCUUUCCAACAGUAUACUUAAAGUAAAUAUUUCCAGUUGGAUUUUAAAUGUAUAACAUAUAACUAGAUUUUUCUGAAUUAAAACCUAUUUUAAAUCCUA